AUGGCUAAAGAAUUUAAAUCAAAGAAACUCAAUAAGGUUUCCAAACCUAAGAGUGUCAAAGGUAAAGAUUUGAAAUCAAAAGGCACUAAAAGACGUCAUGAAGAAGAAUCUGAUGUUCAAGAAGAUGAUAAUGAAAAAUUAAUUGAUGAAUUAGAUAAUGAUUAUAAUGAAAUUGCUGAAUUAUUAGGUGCUGAAAAGGAAGAAGAAGAAGAAUCCAAAGAAGAAGAAGUUGAUGAAGAAUCUGAAGAAUCUGAAGAAGAACAAGAACAAGAUGAGGAAACUGAAGAAAUUAAAGAUACUAAAAAACCAACAUAUGAUGAAACAAAAUCAGUUUCUGAUAAAUUUGAUGAUCAUAAUUUAUCAGCACCAACAAUGAAGGCAAUUAAAUCAAUGGGUUUUGAAAAAAUGACUCAAGUUCAAGCAAGAACAAUUCCACCUUUAUUAGCAGGUCGUGAUGUUUUAGGUGCAGCUAAAACAGGUUCAGGUAAAACUUUAGCAUUUUUAAUUCCAGCAAUUGAAAUGCUUUAUUCAUUAAAAUUUAAACCAAGAAAUGGUACUGGUGUUAUUGUUGUUUCACCAACUAGAGAAUUAGCAUUACAAAUUUUUGGAGUUGCAAGAGAAUUAAUGGAACAUCAUUCACAAACUUUUGGUAUUGUUAUUGGUGGUGCAAAUCGUCGUGCUGAAGAGGAAAAAUUAGUUAAAGGUGUUAAUCUUUUAAUUGCUACACCGGGGAGAUUAUUAGAUCAUUUACAAAAUACUAGAGGAUUUGUUUUUAAAAAUUUAAAAGCUUUAGUUAUUGAUGAAGCUGAUAGAAUUUUAGAAAUUGGGUUUGAAGAAGAAAUGAGACAAAUUAUUAAAAUUUUACCAAAAGAUGAAAGACAAAGUAUGUUAUUCUCUGCUACACAAACUACAAAAGUUGAAGAUUUAGCAAGAAUUUCUCUAAGACCAGGUCCAUUAUUUAUAAAUGUUGAUUCCAAGGAGGAAAAUUCCACAGUUGAUAGAUUAGAACAAGGUUAUGUUGUUUGUGAAAGUGAUAAAAGAUUUCUAUUAUUAUUUUCAUUUUUGAAAAGAAAUGUUAAGAAGAAGAUUAUUGUUUUCUUGUCAUCAUGUAAUUCAGUUAAAUAUUAUGCAGAAUUAUUAAAUUAUAUUGAUUUACCAGUCUUGGAAUUACAUGGUAAACAAAAACAACAAAAACGUACAAACACAUUUUUUGAAUUUAUUAAUGCUAAACAAGGUAUUUUAAUUUGUACAGAUGUUGCAGCAAGAGGACUAGAUAUUCCAUCAGUUGAUUGGAUUAUUCAAUUUGAUCCACCUGAUGAUCCAAGAGAUUAUAUUCAUAGAGUUGGUAGAACUGCAAGAGGUACUACAGCAAAAGGUAGAUCAUUAAUGUUUUUAACACCAAAUGAAUUAGGAUUCUUAAGAUAUUUAAAAGCUGCAAAAGUUCCAUUAAAUGAAUAUGAAUUCCCAUUAAAUAAAAUUGCAAAUGUUCAAAGUCAAUUAGAAAAAUUAAUUAAACAAAAUUAUUGGUUACAUCAAAGUGCUAAAGAUGGUUAUAGAUCUUAUUUACAAGCUUAUUCUUCACAUCAUUUGAAAACUGUUUAUCAAAUUGAUAAAUUAGAUUUAGUUAAAGUUGCCAAAUCAUUUGGAUUUCAAGUACCUCCAAAAGUUAAUAUUACAAUUGGUGCAAGUGGUAAAACUUCUAAACCAACAAAUCAAAGAAAAAAGAUAAAACAUUAG